AUGAGCGACAAGGACUUCCAAGUCCCUGGAUGGGACGGCGCCGCCAGAACAUGGCGGCGAUACACCAGAAAAGUUGCUUGGUACUUUCGUGCCACCCCUGUGAGCAAGCGCAGGUAUGUGGCAACCAAGCUUUUGGCAAAGCUGUCAGAAGCGGCAAGGCUUCUGGCCAUGAGCUGGAGCGACAUGUCCCUCGAUGACUACAACGGGACCAAGACCCUGCUCCAGCGUCUGGCUUCAUCGCCGCUCGUUCGACAGAGCAUUCCAAAUGCCUCAGCGAUAUGCGCACAAUACUUUGAGUUCAAGAGAGGUGCUCACGAACCCACGACGGCCUUCCUGGUGAGAGAAAGCCUGGGCUUUGCUGAGUUCGUUGAAUCGCUGGUGCGCCUGGCUGAGCAGAAACGAGGUAUUCGACCAGAAGAUGGUGAUUUUGGAUUGCCCCCUGAAGAAUAUGAACAGGAUGAUGACUCCACUUAUGCCGCUUGGCAGUACUGGCAAGAGGACGACUGGGCAACUGCGGAGGUGGCCCUGAUGGAAUUGGUACAUCGUCAAAUGGAUGUCCUGGAGGAGGAGAAGAAGCCACGUCGUUCUCCCUACAAGAGUCAACCUGCAUCCAAGACUCGCGAGACAAGCCCAGCUCAGUCUUGGGAUAUGGUGCCUACAGCGACUCCGACCAAGACCAAGGAGUCGACCUUGGAGGACGAGCUGUGCCAGUACCUGGAGACCACGGAGUUGCAGCAGCUCACCGCCUCCUCAAAGAUUGCAGAGCAGCAGCCGGGGAGUCAAGUCCUCCGGCACUUCAGGGACUGGCCGCAGCCUUCGAAGGGGAACUAUGAGCUCUUCAUCCUCACCCUUGAAGCGUUCGAUGGCCAACUCAGAUCUACGUCGACGUCAUCGUCCUCGGCGUCUUUGGUUCUCAAUGCCGUGCACCAAGUGGUGUCGUUGGACCGCGCUGAAAACUAUGCCUCUCCGGAGAAGCGUGAACUUCUUGCUGGCUAUCGACGCCGUGAGAGAAGGAUGCUAUGGAUGAUGGUCCGCUUCAGUGAAGAAACAGUGGAAGAAGAUCCAACCACAGACAUCUACUUUGACUGGCCCUAUCCAUGUGAAGGUUGGAAAGAAGCUCCUCUAAUCCACUUGGCCGACUUUCUGAACAAGCUUGGCCUUGACUGGCUUCCAUGUCGAAUUGAUGGCUGCCGCUAUGGCUUGCGAGAAAAGAGUGGCGAAGGCUCAUCAAAGAUUGCAGUGCUCCUCAAGACCUACCCUGGGCUCUCUAUGCAGGCUGAAUCAGCGGAUGAGGUCAUUCGUGCUCUCUCCUUGGGGCGGUUGGCACACUAUCCCAAAUUCAACCAGUUCACGGUGGAACAAAACAUCUUUCUGCACUUCCCUCCGGAGAAAGAACCAUGGAGUCAUGGAAUCGUUGAAGCAGCAAUUCAAGAUGUGAAACAUGUGGCCUCAGCGAAUCAAAAAGAAGCCUUGGACAAUUUGCCGGAAGUGACCUUAGCACUGGCCACCUCAGCUCUGAACAGCACCGAGUACACCGCUGGCUUCUCCUCGCAUCAAUGGGCUUUUGGUGCAAAGUACUCCAUCAACGAUGAGGAUGCACGCAUGUGGCAAGGUGUAGCUCCUCAUCUGGACUUCAUCAACGCCUCCAAGGCCCGCUUAGCUGCUGAAGAGAUUGCCCGACAGUCUCGCGCGAGAAGAGUGCUGAGUAAACUGGCAGACACAACAGUGAAGCAGCCUCUCCGACAAUAUAAGAUCACCGACCUCGUCAUGGUUUGGCGUAAAGUUCAAGUUGGUGAUCAACAUCAAGGCAGCCGAGGGGGUCACAAGAACUCGUCACGGAGACAGAGCGACUUCAUCAUGAACUGCAUGACCUCCGAUGAAGAUCCUUCAAGCUGGAAAACUUUGGAAGAUUUGUUGCCUCACCGCAGCUAUGACGACGUCACCAGUGAAGUUCCUGGCGCUGAUGAGCUAGAGCUUCCAGGUCUUCCAGAAGAGCCUGAUGAGACGACCUAUGCACCAAUCCGCCGAGCCAUCGGCAAGAGCACCUUGGGACCAUCUGACUACAAGAAGGUCCAUCGAUCUACUUGGAUUGGACUUGGCCCUCGCUCUACAACACCAGCAAAGUAUCUUCCAGAUCCUGUACCUCGACCAGAACCUGGUGGUUCUUCCUCUUCUGCCAAACUUUCACCUCCUGAAGGUCUUGAAGAAUACACACCAUCAAGUGGCGGAGAAGAUGCCAACAGCUAUGAGAACAAGAAAAGAUCAGAUGAUGGUGCUCCCGUCACUGAGCCUGAAACCAAGAAGCCUCGACAUGAAGACUAUGAUCUUGGUUGGGUUGAAGCUCUUCAGGCCGAGGCCAUGGAGGAGAUCACCCACGAGGACAUCUUCAACGUCCUUCAGGUCUAUGACGGUGACUGCCUCUCCAUUGAGAUCGAGAUCAAUGUGGCAUCUCAUACUCAAAAGCGAAACUUCCUCCACAACCCGAUUGCCUACCUGACCAAGAAGCUGAACAGCGCCGAGGUGCAUCUGAAGCAUCUCUCUGAUGCGGAGCGCCUAUUGUUUGUUCGAGCCAAGGCAAAAGAGGUGUCAUCCUUCCUGAAGAACCAGGUGGUGGUCUACGCGUACCGCAAACCAUUUCUAAAGAGAGGACAAAGGAAGAAGAAGAAGAAGCACCGAAAUGAUUUCAAAAGAGCAAAUGUGUCCGAAGAAGUGAAGGCGUUGCUGGUGCAGAAGGUGAGUGAUGAGGAGUUCCAUGGCAAGAUCAGCGUGGAGCAGACCCUGCAGAUUAUUUAUGUCCGACACGGCAGAAGUAAUUUGGAUGAUGAGAUCACCGAAAUCUUCGGGCAGCAGCAGAAAGGCUCUGAUGGCCAAGAGUUGAAGAUCUCCUUCUCCCAAUAUUUAGCUUUGGGCUCAGAUGAGCUCAGAUGGGCUCAGGAGCACUUGAGCAAUACUUCGCUUGUCUCUAACCAUCGGCUUUUCAUGGGGGACACCAAUGAUUUGUCAAUUGCAUUGGGCCGCUUCGGCUAUUCUGCAAAGCAACUGCCACCGCCUGCCAACAUUUACCAACAUCGGGAUGCGAUGGUAAAUGAAGUUCGGAAGAAUCUUGCUGAAGGAGAGUUGGCGCUGCAGCAGCAGCUGAAUCGGCAACAGGAACAACUUGAAGAGCUGCAGACACAGCAACGCACACGCUUCAAGCUAGCUCUUGAUUGCCAGGUCAAGGCAGAUGAAUAUGCUUUAAGCAAGAGACACAACGAGCAGCUCAUGCAGCUCCAACAGCAAGCCCAAGCGCGCCGAGCACAGCUCGAACAACAGGCAACCAGCUUGGUUUUGGAGUUUCAGCAGCGAAAGCUUCAGGAGGAGUUCUUCUUGCAGCAGAAAGAAAUCCAUAGGCAGCAUCAAGAAGAACAGCAGAGGUUAGGAAGUGAGCUGCAAAAGUUGGGCUGUUCAGGAGCACAAGCCCUGACACUAUUGGGCCCUCAAUUCUUUAAAGUGUCGAGACAAGCCAAAGAAUCGCCGUCUAGUUUGACACUGAGUCAUAUACCAAGCUUCACUACGCCGAAGGCAGCAUCUCUCACCACGCGGCCUUCCUUCCAGGUCUUCCAGAGCCAUGUCGGCUGCGGCUGUCGGCUCACUUUCAUUUGUCACGUAAACAUCCAAGUCCAAGCCCCUAAUUGACAGGCGAUAGCAGGACGAGUUGUUGGAAGCAUGCAACUACCGGCGGGAAUGAAUCGGUCAUCCUCAUGGGCCGGUCACGACUUGAGAAAACAAGAGGCAUCGAUCAAAGCUGUUUGAAGGCAUUUGAAGACCGUUAUUAUUGAUGUUUUAUUUUGCAUGCUUGAUGUGCUCUUGAAAUUCAGCUUUGCCUCAUGAGAUCUCAUGAGGAACCUCAAAGCUAAAACAUAGUGAAGCGACAUUGUAUUGGCAUAGAUUUGCCUUGUCAACAAAAGUCCUGGCAAGGGCGGAUGCGAUGUCCCUUCUUCCAGACUAAGGA